CAAAACAGAAAAAUAUCAACGAUUCGAUUUUUCUUCCGCUGCUCUCUUCCUGAAAUUAGGCGAAAAAAAUAAUUUAUGCUCAUGUUGAGAAACAACCGUGCAAUCCUCGUGUGUGUAAAUGUCGAGUGGAAACUUGUUAAAACACGUCAGAAAUUCACCAAGAUACUAAACAGCAACCUUAGCGUGAGUGAAUGUUAGACAUUAGAAUCUGGUUGAAGAUUUGAUUAAAUCUCAGUUGCGAGAAUAUUCUCAGCAGUGCGCUAGCGUACGCAUUCUAAUAAAGAGAUAAAUCAUGAUCUUUUCACACGCACUGCAACGGUACAUGCAUGCACACACAUUCAUGCGCUUGUUAUCCUUAACCCACUAGUAGCAUCUACAGCGCAUACAGUAGCGCAACUACUACGAUUCAGUUGCAUUCGAACCGUCGACUGGGACAGAAUGUUUGCAAUCGUACUGUUCCUCAUCGCCGCGUGUGGCUGCUAUUACUACACCUGUGUCGUGCGCGCUCGGUUUGCACAGGACGUGCCCUGUGCUCAGCCUUGCUAUCCACUGAUAGGGAACGGCCUAUCGUUCCUGGAAAAGUCACCGGUCAAACUGUUCCAGAAUGUGGUGCAACCGUUUAACCAGUUCGAUCGGUGGUUCAAAGUUUGGCUCGGACCACAGCUGAUGCUGUGCACCUCGCAUCCAGUGCUGGCCGAGUCGGUGUUGAGCCAUCCAAAGUGCUUGGAUAAGCCAUUUUUCUACAGCUUUGUGCAGCUCGAGCAGGGAAUUUUGACACGCAAAUAUCAAAACUGGAAGCGGUACCGAAAAGUGAUGAGUCCUGCCUUCAGCACGAGCAAGGUGACCAAUGCGCUACCGUUGUUCGUAAUGUGUGCGGAAAAUUUGAUGUCCAAGCUAGAGGCAAUGGUGGCGAAUGAUUCAACAGUUUCGCUGGCUCCGGUUUUGAGCGAGUGUUUGCUUAAUGUGAUAUUUUCCACUACUCUGGGAGCGAAUGUAGUGGAAGAGAGCGAGGCGAAGCAUAUUUUAAACAAUCUAGACAUAUUAUUUCAGAUGAUAUCUGCUCGAGCGAUAAAUGCACUGCACCACAUCGACUGGGUCUACAAGCAUACAAACAAUUGCAAAAUAGAAUCCGCUUCCAGGGCGGCGUGUUAUAGCGUAGUAGAUAAGGUUCUUGCGUCCCGUAGAAGCGCCUUAGAAAAUGAGUUCUACGAAGCGAACGAUUCGCCAGCCAUGUUGGAUCGAUUGCUUUCGGUGAAUGAGGACGGUCCACUGUCGGAUACAGAAAUCGUACAAAACAUCUACUCAAUCGUCGGUGCUGGUAACGAUACGACGGCACACUCGCUCGGUCACACGUGCCUAUUCCUUGCGAUGCAUCCUGCAGUACAGAGAAGGCUGUACCAAGAGCUGCGCGAUGUGUUUUACACUGCCGAUGAGCCCAUUACCGAGGAAAAGCUGAAACAACUAAGCUACAUGGAGUGUGUGAUCAAGGAAAGCUUACGGCUAGCUCCUCCGGGCGCCACGGUGGCGCGCGAAGCCCAAGAAGACCUAACAGUCGAAGGACAGUUGAUUCCGCGCGGUACAACGGUAGUCGUGAGCUUAUUUGCACUGCAUCGCAGAAAGGAUUUCUGGGGUGCCGAUGCGGAGAGGUUCGAUCCCGAUCGAUUUCUGCCCGAACAGUGCAAGAAUAGAAUGGGCUGUGCCUUUAUGCCGUUCAACACAGGGAGUCGCAAUUGUAUUGGCUCACGGUACGCCAUGCAGAUUAUGAAGAUUAUUUUGUGCAAGAUCAUUCGGAGAUAUGAGCUCCACACCGAGCUAACUAUGGAGCAGAUGCAGUUUCGGUUCGAUAUAGCUCUAAAGCAGGAGCAGGGAUACUUAAUACGGUUCGAGCGUAGAGUUGAAAGUGAUUAAAGGAAUUAUAAAUAUGUUCCAUCAGUUAUUCCUUACAA